AUGGGAGUUGCUUCUUCAUAUGCCAGGAUCAAGCGCCUCGUCAUCGCAAACAGUAAGAAGAUCAAUGGCAUGCAGGAGGUUCGGGAUAUUCUGCUCAGGUAUCCGCUCGAACUGCCUAAAACCCAUGAUCUACCCUGUGAGAAGGCUAUUGAGAAGCAGGGUUUGAGUUGCUUGUGCCGAUCCUGGGAUCAAACUGAGAGGACUGUACAUCCAUCUAGCAAUCACGACUCGUCUGCAAAGCCACGAACAGUCAAGCGCGGAGCUGACUCAAUGUUGCAAGUUAUGGCCAAGAGAGCUAAAGAGUCGUCUGCUCGAGCAAAGAGUCCUUAA